GGCGAUCGUCGGUCUGGCCAUCGCCAGGGGUUGGGCUAACAAGGGGCGCUGCCGGGGUUUUCUCAGGCACAACUCUCGGCUCAUUUACCGCUCCGCCCCCUGCCUUGGCGGUUCUGCAGCUUUUCGUCUGUUUUAAACACCCGCCCGUCUCUCCUUUCCAUUACAACCUUUUGCCACACUGCCGCAUUCGCGCUCUCGUCCAUUCUUUUCGAGACCUCGAAUCAGUCGCUCCUUUAAGCCAUCAACAAGGUGAUAUAAGUCACUCUCGCUUCUCAGCAAUCGCAAGCAUCGAUUGCAACCAUCGUCCACUCGACAGCAUCCGGCAUCGCGAUCCGACGAUCAAUUGACAACAUUGAAUCCUAGACGGAUAUCUCGACGAAACACGCAUUUUUUUUGGGAUAGACAAAAAGGGAAUCUCAAUUUACAAUGCUUUUCACUCCGGUUCUUGUGCUCGCCGGCGUCCUCGGCGCGGCUGCCCACCCCUCCGGCCAUGCGCAUCUCCACAAGGACGCGCAUGCCAAGCGUGACGGCCCGGUGCACAUGAAGAAUGUGCACAAGGUGAUCCCAAAGCCCACGACCACCACCGAGGAGGCGAAGGCGACGGUCGCUGCUGCUUCCGUCUCUAGCGCCAAGCCCUCCGCAUCCUCGGAAUCCUCCGAGUACAUCCCGUUCUGCGGCAGCUCCAGCAGCAAAGCCAAGCGGGUUACAUACGACCAAAUCAUGUACACGGGCAACCUGGGCACGACCGAUGGCUGCGAGUGGAACUCCAACCUGAUGGCGGUUCCCGACAGCAUCGCGAAUAAGUACGAUUAUGUCAUGAAGUACACCAACGUGGCGUCGGAGCCGUACCAGGUUAUCUGCGCCAACAAGAUGGGUGCCGACAAGCAGCUCACCGGCAUGUUCAAGGUCGCCGGUCAGAAGCCACUCAUUUUCACCCUCAAGCCCGGCGAGACCAAGACCGUGGUGGCCGAUAAGAACACCCAGGGCGUCUGCGCGUUCGCGCCGAACGAGGUUCCAACUACCGAGUUUGGUCAGUAUGCUGGUGUCUGGGCCGAAUUCGACUUCGCGAACGACAGCAACGAGGGUUGGUCGGGCGCCGACUGCUCGUCUCUGGUUGCGCAGGCUUACAAUAUGGAUGUUCCCGGCUGCCAAAUGUCCGAGGGGGGUGUUGACUCGACCAUUCUUCCCGGCGGCAAGGGCACCAACGCCUACACCAAGGGCAUGGAGGCGCUUGACGGCAUUGGACUCAACAUUGUACCCGGCAAGACCACUAUCAAGGUUUCGGUUGGGUUCAGCGGCUAAAGGGCGCAUCUACUCUUCAGUGUCUUGAUUUGACGGCUUCGCCGCCAGAUACAAUGGCGCCCGACAGGGGUUGAGCCUUCUCUUUCAAUUGGCGCGUGUAUUUGAAUGCUUCAUGUUCAAUAUAUCCACACGGUUUUGCUUCAAGGUUUCGGCUGGUGACUUGAGAAGGACUUCACGUGUAUACGAUCUGUUUGCUUGGACACUCCCAAUCCCAAGGCGCAGUACAUAUGUUAUUCAAUAAUAUGCAUACCACAGCACAUGUUCCUCGCCUUGGUGUGCCUCAG